AUUCCACAAGGGAAUAACCACGUAACAGCCAAUACUCGGUUUAAAUAGCUAAAAACGCAAAAUUUGAGUAAAAUCUCAGAUUUUUGAAAAAUAACGCUAUUCAAAGCGUUACGCGUUACGUUACGGGCAAAAAACGUGAGCCACCGCAUCCGCAUGUACUCAGACGGAAUAACACCGGCGAAAAUGUGCUCUUAUCACCAUUUCAUCACUUCGAAGGAAAGUUUGAUUAAUUUAGAAGUUGUUCUUAGCAAAGUUGUACUUUUGAGUAAUUAAAGGCUACGUUGAAAUUAACUAACGUGUUAAUACACUCUUUAGCGAUUUCUACAGUGCCAGCUGUAUUGAAACGAAAAAAUGGAAGCGGAAAUGAACAACGGUGACCAUAACAACCAAGAGCACACCAUCGCCAACCAACGAAUCCGUCAAACCUGCAAAAUUACAAAAAGACAUGGCGAAAUAUAUCGGAAAUGCUACGUGCAAAAUGGUAACGGUCCAGAAACGAUGAAAUGGAUUAAGUUAGAGUUCCUGCAAUGGUGGGACGAGCUGACUGAAAAUACGGAUCAUUACGAAGUAUGUUUUGCCAUUAAGGCGUUAUUAAUUGCACAAAUGAACAUAGAUACUAAUCUAUCACGAUAUUUGUUUGUUAAAUAAAGGAGUAACUAGUUAAUACGAUAACAACGGCGUAGAAACUCCAGCGAAUCGACGUAUUUGCGGGUGAAUCAGCGCACCAGAUUGCGACAAAUGAAACACAUACAAGAUGUGAUCAUUGUCGUGAUAAUUUUAGUCAUAUCAUAUUAAUUUGCAUUUCCGUAUUUGUUUCUCAUGCUUUAAAUAUAAAUGUAUUUCGUACCGCUUGCUUUAAUUAGCUAUUCACACUUUCAUUGCACAGCUUUACAUUGCAUACUUCGCCGAAAGUAAACAAUGAACGUUUGUACACAGCUUAAUCACACGCACAUGAACAAAUGGAUACUUCGUAGAAAGUAACCUAACGUUCAACACACGCCUCAUAAAAUUAACAACUCAAACGCUUGAUGGUAUUUUAAUCAGAUUCGAUACUAACAUUUUCGAUCGAUUUUUAGUACCUAAGAAGAAUGAAAAGCUGAUACAUACGAUGACGAAGGCUGAAAUGGAAAACAUAUCAAACAACAUAAAAUACAAAUUCAGGUAACAACUCGAAGUGUAUUCAUAAUACUAAACGAUUCGGUAAAAAAGCGGGCGGCAUGAAUACUUUAUUAGUGUCUACAGUGAAUUUAUAACAUUCGGUUUUUUCGUUUCAAAAUAGUUAGCAACAAGCUACGUGAGUUGAAAAUUACUCUAAUAAGAGUUGGUUUCGAACUUAUCAUUAGAUUUUGAAAGUUAGCAUUACAUCUACGAUCAAUUCACCGGCGAGUGGAAUGAUUCUAACGUGGAUGAGCUACGAAGAUGAAACCGAACGUUGAUGCAAAAUUUUCUUUAUGGUAAAAUAAAAUAUCACGUAAGUACCAAUUACAUACUUCAAUGUAAGUAAGUAAUGAGUACCAGACGAUCUCUCAGAGUACAGAUUGUUCAGAUAAUGUUUAUUUCCAAAUCAUAAAAUGAGCUACGUAGACGAAACCGAACGUUACAGUAAUUAUCUUCCAGAAUAAUGAUCGCUGAGUAAAAACUGCGUACUUCAACGUAAGUAAAACAGUAGGUACUUGGUGAUUUGGUUUCAAACGCUAAUUCUCCGGUUUAGUAUUUUGAAAAAUAUUCCAAAGUGAGUAAAAUUCAAAAUUACAAAUUAGCAGCGAACCAAAUCAAAUCAUUCAUAACUAGCGAAUAAUUUAGUCAAUUCAGAUACGCAAAUGAAAGAUAAUUUUAACGAACGUUCAUUAGCAGAAUACCUACGGUCAAUUUACCGGUGAGUAAAGUGAUUGUAGCUAGGAAGAGCUACGUAGACGUAACCGGUCUCAAUUAAUAAUGAUUUUGCGAAAUAAAUUAGCUAGGAGAAGCCACGUAGAAAAUACCGAUGGUCUCUUAGUUUAAAAUUUCAAAAACAGCUAAAAGAGCUACGAAACUGAAACCGAUUAUACUAAGACCAAAUAAUAGUACUAAAUCAACCUAGAUUUAUGAAUAAUUAGCAGUAAUAAUUUAUUUAGAAAUUAUGAUCGCUAAUAACGUUCACGUAUUUUCAUACAGAUUCCAGAUCGUAUACGAAGGGCGAGCAAAUUUUAUCGUAGUAUAAAAUACCGCCAGCGGUACAAAUGGAAUAUAGCAACGUUGCCAGACGUAGCAUUUAGAAGUAGAAAAUACAGGUACAGUGACUAAUUAUGUAGUCGUUUAGAAUUUCCAGCAUCAGUGUUAAGUAAUACAAUGUUUAUUUUUCUCGGUGAAACAACUACGAGUAUGAUGAAAAUAAGCAGAUUUUCACAACAGAAAGUAGCAGUUGAAAAGUAAUCAGAAAAAAUUGAAUUCAAACUGGAAUAAAUCGACAACAUAGCAAACUCUAUUCAGAAAGUUGCUUUUGGAGCUAAACGUACAGGUAAAACUUAGUUAGCAUACUGAGAUUAAUGUACAAAUCCAUAUACCCUGUCUAAACACUACAACUCGAAAUUCGAAGAGAUAAAAUUACAAAAACGCAAUUUUCAAACGCAGACAAGUUCAAAAUUCUUUCGAAAUAAUAGAUUUUGAAACAUUUUCAUUUUCGAAAAGUACAUAUCAAGAAAUGUAAUACUAUACACAGAUAGUGAUUCAUUUCACCAACAUAUGCCCUCUUGUUUGCGAGAAAUCGAAAUUGAGAGUUGAAAUUCGCUCAUUUUGAGACGUUUUCGAAAUGAUAACAAUACAUUUUGAAAAAUCCUAGAUACGAAUGGAAAUAAUGGAGAGUCCAAAAUAACUAAAUUUUGUUGACUCGAAAUUAGUUCAAAUCUCAAAAUACAAUUUUGAAAAUUCCAAAUCGCGAAUAAAAUAACCGAAAUAACAGAUUUUGGAUAUUUUUUCACGAAAUUUUUGUAAUACAGUAAAAGACUGUGAUGCAAAUUUCUUCGAACGAAUACCUGAAAAGGACAUAAAUAAAAACCACAGGAGUAGUAAUAUUUAAUUGAUGACAAAUAAAAAUUUGAAUAAUUAGAAUUUCGAGGUGAUAAUUACAAAAAUCACCAGCACGCAAAUUUCAACCAUCGAAUCCGAGAAAAGAUUGGAAUCGAUGAAGAAAUCUGACGCAAUAAUUUCGAGACAAAGAAAAAACGUGCAUUUAACAAAAGGCAGAUGUUUUCUUUCGAUGAAGAGAAAGCGACGUGACUCGUAGCGAUAGCAAAAUGGCUGACAGGCCGUUAAAAAAUUCGAUUUAAUUGCGACGUAGUUUAUCAUAACAAUAAAGACCGCCGAACUGCGCAUUUAGGCGCACAUUUUGACAAACCCGUUCCAGGAAAAUCGGCGCCGUCUGAUAUUUUCUGCUUAGAACAUUCUAGAAGGUUAUAGUCAAAACCUGCCGUUCGAGCGCAUCGCUACCAACACAACGCCGAGUUUGACCAAUCCCGUUCGCUGCCGCUGAGUAGCGAAGUGGGGGAAAGACUCGGCAGUUGGAAGCAACGACGAACCUGAUCCAACUAUCGAAAUCAUUAUUUCGUUUCACGUGCUACCGAGUACAUGCCUUUGCUCUUGCUAUAUGUUUUGCUAAUGCGUUUUUGAAUCUUCGUAUUCUGUCUUCGCGUCUUAUUUUUGCGUUGCUAUCGUAAGUAAUUAUUACUUAUUUCGAGUAUAGUAUUUUCGUUUCUCGUUUCAAUUUUAAAUAUUUGUCGUCAGCUCCUGUGGUAAGUACAAACUCGUACGAUUAAUAUGCUUUUAAUAUACUAAGCAGUGUUAACGUAAAAGACAAUAGGCCCACCAUGCCGAUUUGUUUUCGAAUAAUUAUUCAACAUUUAUUUUUUCGCUAAAUCGGUAUUGCCUUACAACUUCGUUUAACACCUCGUCGCAUUUCUGUUCACAGUGAUGGCAGAAUCUACGCAUCUCGCAUGCGACAAAUGCGGUUUGGUGAUUACGUCACCAGGCAAGCAGUAUGGAGGCGACAAAAAGGUUCCCGAAUCAAUCUACAUAACCAAGUGUCAGCAUCUUUAUCAUAAGAGCUGCAUCAUGAAAGCGAUAAAAAACUCCGAACUUCGAAAUCCUGCCGGCGUGCAGUUGACUAAGUGUACACAUAUUGGAUGCGAACGAGAUGUGAGCGAGGACAUCUGCUACAAGGUAGAGGUAACUCGUAUUCAAAUCUCGACGCCUGAACCUACGGAAGCCGCAACCGGCGAGUUGCAAGCUCUCCGUAGGGAAAUCGCUCAGUUGCAUACCGACAGAGAACUACAACAAGAUUUGUCCGAAGACAUGUACAAGAAAAUGUCAGAUUUCGAAGUACAAUUAACUGAUGCUAAUAAUAUGAUCGCGAGUUUAAAAGCUCAAUUGGAAACCACUACGGCGAAAUACGAGGCACUUCGUAAAGCCAAAAUGUCAUCGCUAUUCCCGAGCUCCACAGCGAUAGCCAGUCACUUGAACCAGCAAUCUGCAACCAGCUCGAAUGCGACGACGCCAGCUUCGCUGCCGGCGGUUACGGCCACCUUACCGACGAAUACGACGCCGAUUUCGACGACCACUACACCUACCGCGGCGACAAACGAGCUCUGCCAGGGGUUUGUACCGUCACCGUUCCCGCCACCACCUCCGGUCAACAACGGUACACCAAAGGUCACGCCGAAAGUUCCGAAGCCGUCAAAAAACGCGGAAAGAGGUAUCCCCGCGCCCACGCCGGUGGGCGCAGGGAUACCUCAAACAAACGCCGCUACCGCGAGCAACCUUACGCAAGGCCUCCACCGCCCGCCGCCCGGUUUCCCGAUCAUAACAGGCGCCGCAGCGAACGCCGCGACGAACGCUACGACGAACGCAGCGACGGACGCUACGACGAACGCUACGAUAAUCGACGGUACGACGAAUACGAGCACCAUCACGACGAACGCCGCUACGACAACCGCCCCACGGACACUCGCUCACGUCGAGGACGCGGCCGACGGGGCGCUUAUUAGUUUCAAAAUCCCGUUCGUGCAACCGGGUACAGCGCCGACUGUACCGGAUGCAAGUUCCCACUCGCCGAUUUCACCUUACUGGGAUUUCCCGCAAAAGAAGGAAACAGACUACUGGGGAAGACCACUCGCUCAAAGUGGCGAGCAGUCGAACUCCAGCGCGCCUGAUACCGCCAACACGCAGAAUUCCGUUGAUCCGAACGCGAAUUUGAACGUACCGAAUCAAGCCGAAAGUGCUCAACCAACGGCGAACCAGUCUCCGGCGGUUGUACCAAAAAAGAAAAAGCGGGCAAAACCGGGAAAACAGUCCAAUACGAAAGCAAAUCGAGACACCUUCGAUUCACGAUACCCGGAGGUAACGCACGAAGUGUUAGCGCCAUUCUACCCAACGAAUGCCUACCCGCAACACUUUUCGGUCUGCGGUUUGAAAAUCGGCGAAGCAAAACCCGUUAUGGCUCUGUUCGCGUACAAAUAUUGGAUUGUAGGCGACAUCCAUGCUCAUGGCAUCAUGCAUGCGAUUACGGAAGGCAAACCAUACCAUGACAACAUAGAUAAGCGCAUGUAUAAGCGCGACAUGAAGAUUUCGGAAUUGAUUGAGUUAAUCGUCGAAUUAAAACAAAUCCCGAAAAAUCUCAUGAUAUCUAUUGGCACGUUCGACAUCUUCUCAUUUACGCCACCGAAUACCUUCGACUUAAAUUUCCGGAAACUCAUCGAAGUUUUAGGAGAUAAAAAAGUCGAACAGGUAAUCAUGUUGCCUCCGAACGCAAGCGGCCGACUGCACAACAACACGUUCCGGCAAAUUACACAAACAUUCUCGUACAAUUGGGGAACUGGAAAAUUCCAGUAUAUGGUUGCGAGCCACUUACUCAACGACUUGAACCUGGAAUUGGCAUCAGUGGACGAGCUUGGCCCGAAAUAUACGAAAGCUACAUACCAAAAAGUAGCAAACUGUAUUGCAGCCGUAUUUAUUCCGGAACCAGUUAUCGAAAAAAGCGAUUCAACCGUCGAGUUGAAUAACGCUAAUAGCGCCGCAUCUUCACCUGCAACGCCUCCAACAUCAAAAGCGAAGCUUGAUACGAACGUCGAUUCGCAACAAACUUCCGCACCAGUGAUGCCGCAGUUCAAUCUGCCAAAAUCGUCGUUCCAGCAAAGCCCGAAUGACAUCGUAACCGACACCCUGUCACCAUCCUACGUAAACCCGCAGUUGCAGCAGGCAACAGCGAAUUACCUGGGAAAUAAAGCAGUGGGUACGCCGCCAUACCCCAAAGUGGGUACAGCGACACCUGGAUGUCAUCCGCUAGAUCCGCGCAACCAAAAGGCGAAAUCAACAACUUCAACGAAAGUUGAGAUUUCACCAUACAGUGGCUUGCACCAAACAAAUGUAGGUUUUUCUGACGACGAACAGAAACCGCUUACCGAUAAGGAGGUGAUCGAACGCGCCAAAGUCCUCACUAAAAUUCAAGCCGAUGUAAAAGCUAGUAAAGCGAAAGAGCAGGAGCGACUAGCCGCCGAUGCCAAAUCGCGCGAAUCGUUGAAGGAAAAGAUGGAGUGGAAGAAGGAAGCCGAUAAUGCUAAAGCUGGCAUCUCCUCGUCGAAGGAGAAACCAGCCCGCAACGUUUCUGAAAAAUCCGGGAUUUCGUCGGAUGAUUCAAAUAACAAACUCAGCACGUCUAAAACUCCAUCCCGCGCAGCCUCCAAAGCAAGAGAACGCUCUCGCUCAGAGCACAGAUCGUCGAAUAGAUCAAAAGAUCGCAAGGUAAAGUCGGGAGAUGAGUCAAACGUACUCAACACCGACUUAUUGCCCAACCCGACCAAUAAAGAGGACAAAUACAUCGGUUAUAUGGUGAAAACGCCACCAUCGGGCAAACCUCCCACCGAAGCGGAGAGACGAAUGUACGAGAUAUUCGGCAAUACCGAUGGUGUACCUGAGCCUACCGACUCAACGACCUCUGCCUCUGCUUCGGAAAGCGACACGACAAAAGUCGUCAAAUCAAAACCGCGCAAAUCACGCAGCUCGGUGAAAGUUAAGCUCUCGCCGCCGCAAACGCUACUUACCUAUAUUCCGAGACAGCAGCGCGCAAAGCAGCAGCGAGUAAACGCAGCGCUUAAGCGCAACUUAGUUCUCAAAAAGGUAUUCGGUAAACAGUCGCAACCGAAGGUGCAAACUGAAGCUGAACAUCCUGCGACGGAAGGAACAGUCAGCACUCAGCCAAAGGUACUCGUGCCGAAGCUUGAUUUAACAGAACCAACGCCGCAUGAGAAACCAGUUAAAACGGUCGACUUAACCGAGUCAGCGGAAUCCGAUAAACCUCUCAAAACUAUCGAUCUCACCAAUACGGUAGAUCCUUCCGCCGAGGAGGAACUACCUCGAGGAGCGCAGUCAAUCGAACAGCGCACUCUAACAAAGGUUGAUACAGCGGUACAGGAUACGACUCUAACUCUACAUUCCGUCGAGAAUGAUGAGUUUACUACCAUCCGACAAGUAGUAACCACCGUAGUUACUACUGAAGCGAUUGAAACUACCGAGCCGGCUCAUCUCGUUGGUACUUAUGAUCUGACUAAUGAGAGUCCUCGCAACGACGAAGAAUCUCAACAGCCAGUAUCACCACGCACCGAAGCAGCGCUCCUCGACGAAGGAGUACAGCAAACGGGUGUACCGGCAAUUGAACCUUCAAACGACGAUGAAGGUGAAGACGACGAGGAGGAUGAAGAAGACGAAGAUCUUUAAACCAACUCGCGUUUUCUUUGUAAAUAGUUAAUAAUUUUUUAUCAUUAUCAUUUCUCGUUCUCUUAAAUUUGCCAAAACUCACUGUCGUAGUAGUAAUAAGCUAUACUGUAUGAUUUUUUUUUGAUAUCAGAAUACAAGAUUUUGAAUCAAUGUUCUUUUCAUUUACUUUGUCGAAACUAUUUUGAUUACAGCAAUGAAUAUUCAAGAACGCUGGUGUGCCUUCAAUGAUAUUUAUUAUAUACCGCGCACAUGAGCAUUAAACGUCAUAAUCAAGAUGACUGUUUCUAUGUAUCAACAACAACUCGUUCAAUUGAACUCGACAAAGAGUAUUUUAUACUAUGGUUUGCACUGCUGUUACUCUACACAGACUUAGUUUGGCAAAUCUACAAGAUUGAAAAGCUCACAAUCGUCGAAUUGUUGAAACUUUCAACAUACUAAGCUUCGAACUUUUCUAACAGGAAUUGAUCGAAAUUUACGUUUUUUUAUCCCAAUCGUCGAAUUGGUGGUCUUUUCUCUAUGUUACAAACUCGUCGUAGUUUGUUGAGUUUUUUACUGCCAAUUCUAAUACUUUAUAUUUUU